AUGGAAACAGAGCGCCGGCGCCAUGUGAUGACCAGUGUGAACAACGCCGCCGCAUUACCCCCGACGUCGCCGGUUUCAUCCACCACGUUCGUCCAAGCCGACGCGGCCACGUUCCGGGACCUCGUCCAGAAGCUCACCGGACUAUCUCCCGACUCCGAGAUGCGGCUUCCGGUAACUCUGCCUUCCAGAAUCCACGCUCCAAAACAGGGUAACAACAACAACAACAACAGCGUAAAUCAUUCACCGCUCAAUUCGCCCCGCCGGUCACCGUACAAGCUCCAGGAUCGUCGCCACACGAUCAGGAAGCUAGAGAUCAAGCUGGGCCGAGCUUCUCUACGGAACAAUGGUACUACGAGCCCCUGUUCCUCCCCCUGCUUUGUGGAGUCUCCGAUCGGCAGCCCCGUCACGCCGCUGAUGGGAUCGCCGUUCUUUUCCAGCACCGAGACGUCGCCUAGCUCGGAGGAGGAGAGGGCCAUCGCGGAGAAGAGGUUUUAUCUCCAUCCGUUGUCUCCGUUGAGCACGCCGCGGGGAGGGAGCGAGCCGCCGGAGCUGCUUCCCCUGUUUCCUCUGAGUUCUCCGACCGCGCUGAGGAUUUGA